AUGACGGCCGAGUUACCUUCCAUUAAUAGCACCACCAGUAUAUCGGAUAAUGUGGAUUUGCGGAACUACUACGAUAAUUUGUUGUUUAAGAAUAAUAGUGGAAAAUCUUUGACGGAUUUACCGAGGAAAGCUGCUGCUGCUCAUGGUAAGAAUGCACAUGCUCUGAGCAAUGAAGUGACUCCGAGUAAUAGAGAGCGCGAGUCGAGUAAAGAGGAGAAGAAAGUUGAUUUUAUUACAGGGUUUGAUAAUCCACAUCCUCUUCGUACUGCAGCGUCACAUAGACUGCCUUUCAAUUCAUUUCAGAUGACUCCAUCAAACUCUGAACCUAUACCUCCUACUGCAAGCCAAUCUGCAGCUCAGUCGCAGAACCCAUUCCAUUCCCAACAACAGACAAUUUUUAAUAUGACCAACCCGAUGCCUAUGAUGUUCCAGGGCAACGAAUCUGCUAAUGUUCCGCAGUUUGCGUUUGAUUUUGAUAGAAAUAACGACUACUAUUCCGGCAAUUUGGCACAUAAUUUCAACUCGAACUCCAUGUUGUCGCCUUUGAGUUCUUCAGAGGCACCAUUUUACGAAAAUCAACUACAGCAUCAACCGCUACUUCAACAAAGCCAUUUACACUCACAGGAGCCACUUUCUGGUGCCAGAAGAUCAUCAUAUAUCUCGGACACAUUGAUUCACGGCCAUGUGGGAUCCCUACCUGAACCUCAGGCCGUUGGUGCUUUCAAUAACCAAGGAAGAAAACAGACUACUUUCUUGUCUGCUCAAAUGGCUCCACCAACUACCGCACCUGCAGCUCCGUACAAUAAUAUGGCUCCGCAAAACCAUUCACAGCGUAGAAACACCCAACCUGUCAUUGCAAUGGGAGCUCCUUCUACAGCCCCAUACAAUCAGACUCAAGGUGUCAACAACGGGAUGCGGAAUGGUUAUCUGGAUUACUCGAAGCAGCAACAACAGCAACAACAGCAACAACAGCAACAACAACACCAACCAAAACAGCAAUCCAAGGAUGGGGAGGUUAUGUUGGAGAACGGUUUAGUACUUUUGAAUGCACAUCAAAUUGUCUCUUCGGCGGAUUUACAAGCACUUUACGCAGAUUGCGGGUCAAACUAUUUUUCUAGUCCACUUGUGUUUGAGUUCACAGACCAUAUCAAAUCGAUGCUCUCAUCAGAUGAUACUCGCGACGACAAGAAGAGUCGAGCCAUUUCGAAAUUCUUGGCAUUCUUAAAAAGUUGUAAUUUGAACUACAACCCACAGUCGGAUGCGUUCACUUCGGAGAAGCAAUUUUCAAAGAGUCCCAUCGAGAGAAAGUCUGGUUUAGUGGAUGACGGAAACCAUGGGAAGUCUUCAGAGAAGAGAUCCAGCUCUACCUCGUCAUACCUACACUAUAAACCACUCGUUCUUGUGGCAUUAAAGAACGGUAAACUGGAACUUCUAUCAACCCCACAAAAUACCAAUCUCUUGAUGAAAAGGGGUGAUUUGGUGAUUAUCGAUGGUGAUCGUGGUAAAGACCUGGCUCUUGUGGUAGAGCCUACAGUCGAUCUGGAUUUGGCCCUUUUUGUUAAUUUCUUGAAGAAGAAAAUACACUUUGACUCGCUCAUCACCAGCAAAUCUCAGCACCAUGUCAACAGCACUUUUGUUCAGGCACUGAUAGACUCUACGCGUGGUCAAAACGAAGAACUUAACUCGAAACUGUAUGACGUGAUAGAAUUAACUCAAUUGAUUGUUCCCUCGAAACAGGUACUCAGAUUCGCAACACCCUGGGAGGUCACAACCAAUUUGCACAACAAGUUCCAGGAUGAACUGAAAGCAUUGCACAUUGCCCAACUCAAAUUGAGAUCAUUAAACAGCGGGUUCACCCACCAUCACCACCACAAUGGAUCCAACAGUCACUCGAACGGCAUGCCACCUGCUUCGGGCGGAUACUCGCGCCCACAACUAAACAUCAAGAUUCUCAAUGCAGAGUUCCAAUUCGACCGUAAGAAGCUCACUUUUUAUUACGUGUGUGAAGAGCGUAACGAUUUCCGUGAGCUCAUCAAAGAACUUUUCAAAUUCUACAAGACGAGAAUCUGGCUCUGUGCGAUUCCAAAUAACCUUGGGAUCGAUUCUAAAUACUACGAUUCUCAACGUAAAGAACUCAAGAUGUACCAAGAAAUGAUGCAGCACUACGCCGUGGACGAUCUUUCGGACGCCAAUGCGCAACAGGGCGGUGGGUUCAUCAUCGCCCCCGCGCUGAACAUGAUCGAACUGGACAAUUUCCAAAUAGGCGUCUACCGCGAGCUGGUUAACGAACUGUUUGACUGA